CUUUGCUGCGAGUCAAACGUCAGAUUUGUGAGAGUUCACACUUCACAAUCAAGUGGAUCCUCCAGCGUGAUGGCGCAGCAGCAGAGAAACGAUGAGGAAAGAGACGCAUUAAUUUCCUCUCAAAAAGCUGCCCGAGAGUCAACAAGUUCAAUGAUAACCGCGUCUUUUAAUUUCAUCAACUCUAUCAUAGGAUCUGGAAUAAUAGGUUUACCAUAUGCACUGAACCAGGCAGGACUGCCUCUUGGUCUGUUCCUUCUGAUUGCUGUUGCAUUUAUCACAGAUUACUCCAUUGUCCUUCUAAUCAAAGGAGGAAACCUCUCAGGCUCCAACAGCUAUCAGUCCCUGGUGCAAAGCACCUUUGGUUUCCCUGGAUUUCUGACUUUAUCCGUCUUGCAGUUCCUUUAUCCGUUUAUUGCCAUGAUAAGCUACAACAUAACAACUGGUGACACCCUCACCAAAGUGUUCCAGAGAAUCCCAGGAGUUGGUCCAGAUCACAUUCUGGCAGAGCGACACUUUGUGAUCUUGCUCUCUACCGUCCUGUUCACUCUGCCACUGUCACUCUACCGAAACAUUGAGAAACUUGGGAAGGUGUCCUUCCUGUCUAUGGUGCUCACACUCACCAUCCUCAUCAUUGUGGUGGUCAGGGCAGCCACCCUUGGACCCCAAAUCCUUCCUACAGAGAAUGCAUGGGCUUUUGCAAAGUGGAAUGCCAUUCAGGCAGUCGGUGUGAUGUCUUUUGCUUUUAUAUGUCACCACAACAGCUUUCUGAUCUACGGCUCUCUGAAAGAGCCCACCUUAGCCAACUGGUGUCGCGUCACACACAUCUCUGUGUCUUCAGCCCUAAUAAUCAGUGCUGCGUUUGCUGUUGCUGGCUACACAACAUUCACCGGCUACACACAAGGAGACAUAUUUGAGAACUACUGCAGAGAUGAUAACCUGGCAACAUUUGGCCGCUUCUGCUUUGGCUUGAGUAUAAUAACUACGUUUCCACUGGAGUGUUUUGUUACACGAGAGGUGAUUUCAAAUUUGGUUUGGGGUCGAAAUCUUUCAAAAGCUGAACAUAUGGCUGUAACGGUGCUCAUUGUUGCAGCCUGCACAUCACUGUCUCUGGCUUUCGACUGUCUGGGAGUUGUUCUGGAGCUGAAUGGUGCUCUGAGUGCCACUCCGUUGAUCUUCAUCAUCCCGUCUGCCUGCUUCCUCAAGCUCUCCCCUGGCCGCUGGUUCCAGGGUGAAAACCUGUUUGCUUCCAUGUUGAUAAUAAUUGGGUUCUUUGUCAUGAUCACUGGACUGAUCCUGACUGGUCUCUAUCCCCAGGACUGCUCACAUGGGGUGGAGAUGUUUUACUGUGCAGAUGCAAACAUCUCUGGUACAGUGCCACCUUAAUGAAAAGAACAUACCU